AUGUCCAAUGCAUACAAAAGAGCAAGUCUGGUACUUCAGAAAGCAACAGGACCCAAAUGGAAGCAGGAACUCGUAUCAGAUCACAAAUUCGAUUUCAUUGACAUUGAAGACUUUCGAGAACAUAACUGUAUAUUGGCGAUUCGGUACUUUCUGCUACUAUGCUCAGUAGUUGUAUCUGUUAUGGUCUAUGGUGCCGAUUUAUGGUCAGCAGCUAUUCUCUUGAUUUACGACAAAUGGUCUCUUUCAACACAGCCAAAAAUCCCAUUUUAUAUCAGUAAAUGGAUCUACGUUGGAUGCAUCGCACUCUCAUUCAUGCUGUUGGCAUGGGAAAUUCGUAAAACAAGAAAUGUUAUGGCAACACGAGACAUUUCCUUGGCAGUAACUAACCCUCUGGCUUAUCGAACAUACUCUGUAAAAAGCUACAUUCAUUUCUGUCUGUUACAAAAGAUCAAAUCAUCCACUCGAUGGAGUGAUGUGGUUAUCUUUUAUGUGUUUUACACUUUAAAAGGCUGGAAAAGAGUCAUUGUGGCUCAAGGUCCCAGACAGAUCAUUGCUGGUAUCACUGUCUAUGCCUUGUUGAAAUCUGCGUGGACAGAUGCAAACGGCGGAUUCAAAUUCUCGAGUGAUUGGAACACUUAUGGCAAAGAUUGGCCACAGCGUGUAGCAUUGGUUCUCAUGUGCUUUACGUGUAUCCUUUGGAUCUUGUCUGCAUUGUCAAUUCUACUAGCUGUGUUGCUGUACUUUCCUAUUCUCUGUCAAAUUCAGGGCAAUUUGAAAGAGUACUGCUGUCAUAAGAUUGACAAACGUAUUGACGAACUGUUGGAAAAGCAACGUAAAAAACGUCUUCGUGAGAACGAAAGAAAGUAUGCCAACAGCAUCAGUAGCAAGAAAUCAAAGAGAUACAACAAGAGAGACGGAGAUCAAGUAAUUGAAGUGCUGCCUGCAUUACCCACACUGCCAAAGAUCACCAAUGUCGAUCUCUAUGCUGGCGAAAAGAAGAAUAGCCCAUGGUUGUACCAGCACCAGGAGCAGCAAAACUCUUUUUACUAUGACAGCCAGCCCAUGACGCCACUAGAGUCUUCGUAUUCGCUUCAGAGAAACCCCACCAACAAAUACAAUCCUUAUAACGAAGCACCUCGUAUCCAGUAUCAGAAUGCAGUGCAUCAACCGGCCAAGGCAUACACACAGCCCGAUAAUGCCUCCAAUUACUACUAUUCUGAUCAUCCAACAGCUUACAAUACGCCCAGCACAACACCAUCGUACAAUCGCCUUGCAUCGCACGAUGCAUCGACUAUAACAACAAGCAAACCCCAUGCGUAUGAUGAUUAUUCUUCUGUUGCACACAUGACGAAUGGCGGCUAUUCUCAACCUUCAAAUGACAACUACAGCCUUGCAGCCAAAUCACCUUCUCAUCAGUAUCAUCAACAGAAUGCUUCUCACUACCAACAAAGCUAUGAGGAUCUGUCGGCAACUACACAGUCGAUGAAUGCAACCUCCUCUUACAAGGAUUAUUUUCAAACUGCAGCGCCGCAUGCGACUACAAAGCAGCAAACAUACACAAAUUACAUUUAG